CACUUGGCUUGGGGUCGGCUCGAGUUGUUGGCGCCUGUGCGUCAGCGCUGCACGGGUCAGACGCGGCCAGGUGACACUUUCCUCACUUCCUUUCUUGACUCUGAAAAGAACAGCUCCUGCAGUUUGAAGCAGAGACUCCUUUUCAGUGUUGCCUGCUGUAGCUGGGACCAGCUUCUCUGGGAUCACAAUUGACCAUGGAAGGCAGGGGGACAUUAGAUAUCAGCCCCAGGACUGCUGUGUAUCAGAAGCAGGUGGGGAGCUUGACUGUGAAGCAGGAACCAGGAAGCCAGACCUGGGGACAGAAGAACUACCCUCCCGUGUGUGAAAUAUUCCGACUGCACUUUAGGCAGCUGUGCUACCAUGAGAUGUCUGGGCCUCAGCAGGCCCUGAGCCGGCUCAGAGAGCUCUGCCACUGGUGGUUGAUGCCAGAGGUCCACACCAAGGAGCAGAUCCUGGAGCUGCUGGUGCUGGAGCAGUUCCUGAGCAUCCUGCCCAGGGAGCUUCAGUCCUGGGUACAGCUCCAUCACCCCAAGACUGGCGAGGAGGCUGUGGCUGUGGUAGAGGAUUUCCAGAGACACCUUAGUGAGUCAGGGGAGGUUUUGCCUCCAGUACAAGAACAGGAUGUGCAUUUAAAGAAGAUGGUAGCUCUGAGUGCAACAGAGCAGUCGCCUACCUCAACCUCCAGUCAGGGCUCGGCCCCUGACACCCUCUUGGAUCCUCCCUGUGACCCAGGAGCACACCACUUCCUCAGUGGACACUUCGAUCCUGCUUUUCCCAAAGUGGGGAACUCCAGAGCCCAGGCAGUGGCUAGUGUGCUUAGGACGGCCAGGCCUCAGGGGACUACAGUGAACAAGGACUGCACGCAGGAAAAGUGGAGUGUCCUGCGUGAGACGGAGGUAGUGAGAGAUGAACACGGCCUGGCCUCUCUGGGUAAGAACAGGAUGGGAAGUUCUGAGUACAGUCCAAAGCAAGACAUUUCUAAAGGAUCACAUUCACUUGACACAUCUUCAGGGGGACUCUUUAGAGUGGCCCUGGUAGAACCAGAGUCUGGAGAUAUCUGUGAUGAUCCUUUAGCACAGAUGGAAGGUCAUCCUUCAGAUGAAGGCGGCGGACUAGAAAGUGAUUUCUUGGAAAAGAAAGAUAAGAAAAAUUCCACAAAAGACAGAAAUGAGGAAUGUAAUGACGUAGGGGAACAUCCAGAUAUGCCCUCCAGUCCUGUUGAGCAUCAGGGAGAAGCAAAGAGGCAGAAGUCCUAUCAGUGUGAUGAAUGUGGCAAAGUUUUUAACCAGAGCUUACACCUCCUUGGACAUCAGAGAAUCCACACUAGAGAGAGACGCUUUGAAUGUAAUGAGUGUGGGAAGACCUUCCAACAGACAUCUCAGCUAAUUGUUCACCUCAGAAGACACACUCAGGAAAGACCUUAUGAGUGUCCUGAGUGUGGGAAGACUUAUUGUCACAGUUCCCAUCUCAUUCAACACCAGAGUCUCCAUAAUGGGGAAAAACCUUAUAAAGGUAAUGAAUGUGGAAAAGCUUCCAUUCAGAGUUCCCAGCUCAUGGACCACAAGAGAGCAUACACGGGAGAGAAACCUAAUGAGUCUGGGGAAGCAUUCAUUGGGAGGAAAAGUCUUGUCCAGCAUCAGGUCCUUCAUGCUAGUAAGAAGCCCUAUGAGUGUAACGAGUGUGGGAAAGCCUUCUGUUCCAACAGGAAUCUCAUUGACCACCAGAGAAUCCACACUGGGGAGAAGCCUUAUGAAUGUAUUGAGUGUGGCAAGGCCUUUAGUCGGAGUAAGUGUCUUACCCGGCAUCAGAGUCUCCACACUGGGGAAAAACCAUACAAAUGUAGUGAAUGUGGGAAAGCCUUCAAUCAGAACUCUCAGCUCAUUGACCAUGAACGAACUCAUACUGGUGAAAAGCCGUUUGAAUGUAGUGAAUGUGGUAAGAAAUUCAGUUUAAGUAAAUGCCUUAUUCGGCACCAGAGACUUCACACUGGAGAAAAGCCCUAUAAAUGUAAUGAGUGUGGAAAAUCCUUCAAUCAAAACUCUCACCUCAUUAUACACCAGAGAAUUCACACUGGAGAGAAGCCUUAUAAAUGCAAGGAAUGUGGGAAAGCCUUCAGUCACAGCUCCAACCUUGUGGUUCAUCGAAGAAUUCACACUGGACUGAAGCCGUACACCUGUAGUGACUGUGGGAAGUCAUUCAGUGGUAAUGCAAACCUUGUUGUGCAUCAGCGGAUCCACACUGGGGAGAAGCCCUUUGCCUGUCACGAGUGUGGGAAGGCCUUCAUUCAGAGUGCCAACCUCGUUGUGCAUCAGAGGAUCCACACUGGACAGAAGCCCUAUGUCUGUGCAAAAUGUGGGAAGGCUUUCACUCAGAGUUCAAAUCUGACUGUUCAUCAGAAAAUCCACUCCUUAGAAAAAACCUUUAAGUGUGGUGAAUGUGAGAAAGCCUUCAGUUACAGCUCGCAACUUGCUCGGCACCAGAAAGUCCACAUAACUGAGAAAUGCUAUGAAUGCAAUGAAUGUGGAAAAACGUUCACUCGAAGCUCCAACCUCAUCGUCCAUCAGAGGAUCCACACUGGGGAGAAGCCUUUCGCCUGCAGUGACUGUGGCAAAGCCUUUACCCAGAGUGCAAAUCUUAUUGUACAUCAGCGAAGCCACACUGGUGAGAAGCCGUAUGAGUGUAAAGACUGUGGGAAAGCCUUCAGUUGUUUUUCUCACCUUAUUGUGCACCAGAGAAUUCACACUGCAGAGAAACCUUACGACUGCAGCGAAUGUGGAAAAGCCUUCAGUCAGCUGUCUUGCCUUAUUGUCCACCAGAGAAUUCAUAGUGGAGAUCUCCCUUAUGUGUGUAACGAGUGUGGGAAGGCCUUCACUUGUAGCUCAUACUUACUCAUUCAUCAAAGAAUCCAUAAUGGGGAAAAACCUUAUUCAUGUAAUGAAUGUGGGAAGGCCUUCAGACAGAGGUCAAGCCUCACUGUCCACCAGCGAACCCACACAGGAGAGAAGCCCUAUGAGUGUGCAAAGUGUGGUGCAGCUUUUAUUUCUAACUCGCACCUCAUGCGACAUCACAGAACCCAUCUUGUUGAAUAG